AAUGUAGCAGCCAGCCAAACAUUUUGAACCCACUAGUUGCGCACGAGUUUGCGCAAUGCGCUCCUAUCACCGCCAGAAAAUAUUCAAUUUUUUUUAAACUGCAAGCACAGAGAUGAGGGGAGACGGAUAGCGGAGUGCGGAUGGAGUGAAAAGCGAGAGGUGCAAGUGAGCUAACAAGCUAACUAGCUAUAGACAGUGAAGGGGGCAUAUUAGAUGUGACAGUGGAGAAUGGAGAGGACUCCGUACGCUCGGCGAGUUUUGUCCACAGAAAGGGUACUCGGUCUCUACCGACCAGGGGGCGUGUGCUGAAACUGGAGAAACACCGGGUGGAAAGUAAGGAAUGGCUGAUCCUCUGCGGAGGACUUUACUAGCAAAACUUCGGGGGAAGAAAUCCAAGAAUGGGACACCGGUUGGUGGAUACGGAGCUGCAGCUAAUGGGGGCAGAGAAGGUAAAGAAAAAGUUUCUCAAAACCCAAACGGACAAGCUCAUCCAGUAGUAAUGUUCGCAGAGUUGCAUUGUGUGGCAGACAAUAUCAUGAGAGGCAACGAGAGUUAUGUGAAUGGGAUUGUAGAAAACAAGGUUGGAUCCGUUUGGGAGCAGAGCACGGCAGGAGUUGUUAAGACUAGUGUGUUUCCCCAGCAGUACGAGGCUCCAGCUACCAUGCACAUAAACACUAGCCGGGGGCCGGGAGACAGUCAGGGCAGCGGGGGCUCGGGGUUUAGGGGUCGAGUUAAUGAAGAACUCUUGGGGGUCUCACUUCAAAUAGCAACGCAGUACGGGGGGCACGAUAGGUACGAGAUGGGCAGAAUCCCUAACGGCUACUUCUCGAGACAAGUACAACAAGAACAGAUCGGGAAACUGCACGAACAGAGAAAACACUUUGGCCCCAUUCCGCGACAGUACGGCGCAGGGGACUCCAUAGGGUUCGGUGGCAGUAGUCCUAAUUAUAACAUUAUAUACCACAGACGGCCUGGUGUUGUAGAUCGAGAGGGAGUUAAACUGACAGGUGGCCACUAUCCUGCUUCAAAGAGUAAUGGGACAAAUGUCUGCUUUGACGCAUAUCUAAAGACUCGAGUCAGCGACGGGCAGGCAGACUCCUGCCAUCAAACUGUGUACAACUACAAGGCGGAGAACGCGCAGAGGUCAAUAAAUUAUUUAAAAGGCAAGGCAAAAUUGCAUCCUGGCCACAACCAACUAUUGGAAACAAACGUUACAACUAACUGGAUGCAAAUGUAUCCGCUGGGUGCCCUAUGUGGACAUCAUCCGACCGGUAGUUACACGGAGGAAAACAUUGUUAUUAGAGACAUCGAGAGCUACCGGAGCUCGCCUGAAUUUACCGGGGACAACAUUAGGGUGACACAUUUGCAGAGCCCCACAUUCUUCCCCACUGAAUUGGAGAUAUGCGACGUAAACGUGGCUUCCCAUUUCAUAUGCGCUAGAGAGGGAACACUCCGAAACAACUCUAUAGAUAGCGAGGAUGACGAUUACUAUGAUAACGAAAUUCUCCCCUUUUACAUAUCGGAGUCAGUAGGACCAAGUGACAGAAAGGGCUCUGAUAAAGUAGAAAGCAUAGCGUCGGGAAUAGAUGUUCCAAAAGGACAUGCCAUCAGUGACAGUGUGCAGGAGACAGACAGACUACAUAGCCAGUUGAAAGAGGCGUAUUACCUGCUUAUAAACGCUAUGCAUGAUAUUAGUUUUGAUGGUCAGGUCAGUGUCAAUGGAUUUAUAGAUCAGAAGAGCAUGUGCUCGUGGUCCUCCUUCAAGCACGUGGGCAGUGAUGCUUUGUCAUCUGGAGAGUACAGUGCCCAACAGGUGUCUGACAUGGACUCGCUCCCAUUGUGCCUGCUGAGUGAAAAUAAUACUAAUUUAAUUUGCAAGAGCCUUGUAAACCUAUCUGCUAGCAGGAUUAGGCCCCCCUUACUGCGAUCCACUAGUGACGGAACUAUCAAACACUCCAGUGGUGUGCACAAUGGGCCCUGUAUCCAGGGCCUCGGUUCCCAAAGCCCUUUGGUUGUUGGGGCCUGUGAGGAUGGGGAUGGAGCAAAUAGGCAGAAGGUUGUUGGAGCCUCUGACCCAUUUGAGAAACAGACUAGCUACGAUGGUGGCACGAGCAGCGACGGCCUGCUCCAUGACACCGGUGACAAUGGCAAGUUAAAUGAGAGUAGAGGCUCGGUCAACAGCCUUACCGGGUCAUCCGACAAUGCAGAACCCCAGCAGGGUGGUAACAACAAUCAGGACAGAGAGAUGAGCGGUUGGACUCUGGACCAGGGAGGCUCUGCCAAGGCCCACGGUGUCACCGUCAACAAGAUGCAGGAGUGGAUGCACAAAGGCCGCCUACUGUCAUCUGAGAUGAAGCAGCGCAUCGCAGGGUCCACGCCCCAACCCCAUGGUGCUCAUGGUGGCCUGGAUAGGGCACCACAGCCCAGACAGGGCCAGGUCAGCUCAGGGCCAGGUGGUUCUAAACCAGAAGCCCCGACGACCAAAGUUGACAGGGCUAAACCAGCCGCAGUGGUCUCAUGCCAGGGCCAGGCAACACAGAAGUCAGCUCUGAUAGAAAAUGACCACUCCUCCUUCUCCAACGCCCUUGAUGUGGGCGGGGGCAAGGCUGUCGAGACGUCGCUAUGGAGACCCCCGCUCAACACCAUCACCGUCUCCAAGAAACGUAACUGGCUCCAGCAGAGCUCUGGGAGGCCGCGUCAUGCCACGGACGAACCCCAGUACCUUCUGGGAGCAGAGGAAUACAAUAGACACGGAAAAGUUCCACUCCCCCCUCUUAGCCCCUCUCCAGAGAACCUAAACCCUCCCGGGCCAACCCUAUCCCACCCAUUCCACCUACACCUGCCCCUCGUUAGAAUGGGCCACGCCCGUGUGGCGCCUCGUUCCAGGUGUGUGGAACCGACUGAGGAGAAUGAUGCGGACGAUGAGGGGGAGAUCUGGUACAACCCCAUCCCUGAGGAUGAGGAACCAGAGCUGCAUCACAGCCACAGACCCACUCCCACCCCCCAGGUCAGGCUGAUGGUCCAGACAAGGCCCCAGGAUCCUCACGUCCCCCAGACCCAGAGGAAGCCCAGCAGGGGAGAGGAGGUUGGGGUCAGGCGGGCCCUGGAGGGAUGCAGCCCUAACCUGGAGGGUGUGGGGGAGAGCAUGGGUUGUGGAGGUGGAGAGCGGAGUCAGCAGGGGAUUGCCAUGCGUUGCAUGGGGCCGUCUCUACAUCUGCAAAGACAGAUGCUGCUCGCGUGCAAACCUCAGGAGUGGCCAACCAUUUCCAGCAGAGCUACAGCAGAAGCCCCUGACCUGGCCAUCCCUGACUUCCCGCCGCCCUCAGGCCUCAACCCUGCCAAAAAGGGAAGCUCCCUCAACUGGUCAUUCCCGGACAGGAUCAAGUCUCCACGCACUGUCAGGAAACUCUCCAUGAAGAUGAAGAAGCUUCCAGAACUCAGCCGCAAGCUCAGCGUAAAAGGGACCCCAAGCAACAACAACCACAGCAGCUGCAACGGAGCCAGCGAGAGCAGCAUCUUAAAGACAAGGACCCAGUGUCCCAAAAACAAUUACGGGUCAGAACCAGGCCCAGCUCCUCCCAGGUUGUCCCCAAGGGGUGGGCAGGGGGUGGUGGCUAGCCAUAAUGUGAUCUCGAGGUAUCACCUGGACAGCAGUGUGUCGACGCAACAAAGCUACAGCAAGAAGAAGAGCAGCGGGACCUCCAAGUCGGCUAGCAAGGGGGGCUACCUCAGUGACGGGGACUCCCCAGAACUGGUGACCAAGUCUGGGAAGCACGGGUCCUCAGAGACCAAGGGAGGCAAUGGGAAGGAAAAAGACCCAGCCACUGGAGGAGGAGAGAAAACAGGAGCUGGAGGAGUAACCGGAGGAAGUGGCAGCCCCAGGCUGCACGGCACAGAACUAGACAUUGACGCGUUCCGCCACUACGCCUUCACAGAACAGCCUAAGUGCACCCAAUACAUCUCGGGCCUGAUGAGCCUGCACUUCUACGGCGCCGAGGACCUCAAGCCACCACGCUUCGACUCCCGAGACGUCUACUGUGCCAUCCAGGUGGACUCGGUCAACAAGGCGCGCACUGCCCUGCUCACCUGUCGGACCACCUUCCUAGACAUGGACCACACCUUCAACAUCGAGCUGGAGAACGCCCAGCACCUGAAACUAGUGGUGUUCAGCUGGGACCCCACACCCAAGAAGAACCGGGUGUGCUGUUACGGCACAGUGGUGUUACCGGCACUCUUCAGGGUGACCAGGAGUCAUCAGCUGGCGGUGAAGCUGGAGCCUCGAGGCCUGAUCUACGUGAAGCUGAACCUGAUGGAACAGUGGCAGAACUCCCUGGAUGGAGACCGGGAGCGGGAGCCACAGAUGUUUGGGGUGGAGGCCUGGAGGGUGGUUGUGAGGGAAAACACAGGACUCAUGCUGCCCCUGCUCAUCGAGAAGUGCAUCACGGAGAUCGAGACAAGAGGCUGCCAGGUUGUGGGCCUCUACCGUCUGUGUGGCUCAGCAGCAGUAAAGAAGGAGCUGCGGGAGGCCUUUGAGAGGGACAGCCUCGGAGUGGAGCUCUGUGAAAACACCUACCCUGACAUCAACGUCAUCACGGGUGUUCUGAAGGACUACCUGCGUGAGUUGCCCUACCCCCUUAUCACUAAGCACUUGUAUGAGACUGUGUUGGACUCUAUGGCUCAGAGACCUCUGCGUAUCGGAGCAGGAGGAUGUGAAAAUGACCCGGCAGACACAGAACACACCGUCAGUCUCCUGGAGAACCUGCCAGAGGUGGAGAGGUUGACCCUGCGGAGGCUGCUGGACCAUCUGAAGCUGGUGGCGUCAUACCAUGAGGUCAACAAGAUGACGUGUCAGAACCUGGCGGUAUGCUUCGGUCCCGUGCUGCUCAGCCAACGCCAGGAGGCCAGCUGUCAUAGCAACCGGGUCUUCAUCGACUCGGAGGAGCUGGCCAGCGCCCUACACUUCAAGAAACAUAUCGAAGUGCUACACUACCUGCUGCAGCUAUGGCCAGUGAUGGACCCACGUGACAAGACCUCGUCCCCCAUCCCAGGGCCCCCCGGCCCAGCCGACCAGCUGGUCGUUCCCCCCCUGCGUCGGAGGAAGGAGCGCCCCCAGGUGCUGAACUUGAGCGAUGCAGAGAUGGCCGGGGUGCUGCGGCCCAGGCCGGGCCGUCUGGACAGCCCUAGCAACCGUUACGCCGGGGACUGGAGCCGCUGUGGACAGAGCUACUUCCCCCCUCCUCGGUCCCGGGAGGAAAAUGACUAUGCUGAUGUUCCUUCUGAGGAUAUGGAGGUCACUGAAGAGGAACCAGAGGGGGUAGAGGACAAGGGACAGGAAGGAGGAGAGGAGCAGAGACAGGAAUGGUUACUGGACAGGGGACAGGCAGAGCCAGCCACAGCUGAACAGGAGCCCCCGUUACCCGAGGAGGUGAUGGAAGGACCUGUAGAAGUGGAGAAGGAGGAGAGGGAAGCAGAGAGGAGAGUGGAGGAGCGUGAUGGCUCCAGUGGUGGUCAGCCGUCAGACAACAGGGUAUGUGAUGAUGAUGAUGAUGAUAAGCGCAUCCUGCCCCUCCACCUCCCCAAAGAGCACACGUACCAGGCCUACAUGAAGAUCCAGGACAUCAGCCCCGUGCUCAGCAACAAGGUCAACCUGCGAGACCUGCAGGAGAGCAUCGACACGCUUAUAGGCAACCUGGAGAGAGAGCUCAACAAGAACAAGCUCAACGUCGGAUACUGACUCAACACACAAACAGCUCAACAGGCUACUGCCUCAAACGCGUGCCCCCAUUGGGGGGGGGGGGGGCUUAACUAUUCUAGGAGCUCAAGACUUUAAUUGUUGGGGUUCAGGAAUUGGGCCCCAGGGUUGCCGUGGUGAAUCCAUGACGACACAGUGGCAUGUGCACCAACAGUAUUGUGUGUGUUCCUGCAGAACUCUGGUGUUUAGAACUCUAGUGUGUGAUUGGCUGGACACCUCAUUUUGCACCUACCCGCAAUACAUUCCGUGAUGUUUCAUUAAUGUUUUGUUUUUGUUGACUAUGUUCCUGUCCGGUUGUGUGUUUGUUUUUGUUGUUGCCUCUUCUUAUUAGAAGAACCUAUUGACCCCCAGGGGUGUAAACAGUGCCUUAAUUGUGUGAAGGUUGGACUUUAAGGCAGGGGACAGCUUUUCUAUUGAGGUACGAUUAUGAUGUACAACAAUGCACUUGUGAGGCAGGCUUUAUUGUAUAGAAGAUGACGUUUAGGUACAGUAUAUGGUACACGCAGUAUGGCUGGCUAUGGACUGGGAGGAAAGCCACCAGCUAGCGGCUAGCCCACUGAACCCCCCCUCCUCUUGGGGCACAAGGACAACGCUGCUGGGCUCUGUCGAAUGGGCAGAUGGAGCCUGGGAUAGACCCAGGAACCAUGUCUCUGUCACAGCUGCUUAGCUGCUUGACUACGAUGGAUAUACACACAUAAAUGAGGAAAUACGGGUGAUAAGCAUCUCUCUACUUGGUAGAACAUGCAGAGUAGCUAAUCUGAAGCAAAUUAAAGAGGGUUAGAAAAAUUAUUUAAUGUAUUUGAAAAAAUAAGUGAAUGAUGACAUUGCUGUCUGUUUUUCUUUCAUUACCUUCUCCCCAACCUCCUACGUGAUCUAGAAACAGACAGUGAUCACUUGCAGGUUUAAAGAGCAAAAGCCAAAUAUGGUAAACUUAUGUACGGUACGUACUGCCUGAAGAACAGCAGUUCCCAUGUUUCAUAGAAACAGUUUGGAAAGGGCUACAGCGAGGGCUAUGGGAGUCCGCUACCUAAAUACAUAGAAGCAAGUUUUCAGCAAUCCAGGGAUUCAGAAUGACCAGUAUUUAACAAAUGUGUAUGUAUAUAUAUAUCAAUGUUUUGAGUAUUUUUUACAGCUAAUAUAUAUUUCCAUACAGGCAUAUUUAAAUGCUCUCCAUUACCUUGUAGUAUGGAUCUAUAGAUAGUAACUGUCCCAGACUAUAUGUUGUGUUGCUUUGUUCCCCCCCCCCCCCCCAUGCUAUCUGUACACUUCUUAAACGUGCUGGACUAAUGGUACAAUUUAAGCUAUAAAAUAACAAUGUUCUUGCAGGAUAAGAGAUAUUGCCAUUUAAAAAAAAAAAAAAAAUGUACAUAUUUGCCAUCUGUUUUUGUUCACAGGUUAGUCUGAGCUGUGUAUAUAUAUAUGUGUUUUAAAAGGUACUGGUGGGGAUUGUUGCAUGGUCAAUAGCUUUAUUACUGACAUAAACAAGUAUAUUUCCCAUCUUCCAAGAUUACCAUAAAUGUAUACAUAGAGAUGAUUUAAAAUGUGUUCCUAUGCCACUUUGUCAUCCACUUGGCAGCUGCUCAUGCACACAGCCUAACAAGGUUGUUCAAACUGACAAAUUCAAAUAAAACAAAGGAAAAUCAUUCAGUUAGCUAGCUAAUCCCUGAGGCUAUGGCAGUGCAGUCGUUUCUGAUGGUGAUGGGGAAACUAUCCAGUGUCAAGCUGUGGUUGUGUCCGAAAUGACGCCAUAUUCCCUACAUAGUGCACUACUUUUGAACAAAGCCCUAUAAGCCAUUACGUAAGUAUGUUUUUCUGGUUGAAAUUCUGGUCUGGCACUGGUUCCUUACCUCCAGGCAUGGAUGGCGUCUGGACUGGAGGUUCAGUUUGAAAGGUUCAGCAGAGUGCCAGUAGAGUCUAACAGCUGUUUAAUCACUCACAGGUGACUAAGCUCGUCAAGCAUCAUCUCUGUCUCUUUUCACUCUCUUAUGAGCUGCCUUUUCUUCUUUAUACUGAUCUUCAGAAAUGUGUGGUCAUAUUAAAUUAUAUAUUUCACGUGU